AUUAGUUUCGGUUUUACUUCCUGCUUGAUAAGAGCGUUUUAAUCUUCAGUUACUAAAAAAAAAUAACAAUGCCGAAACGGAGAAACGCUAAUAAAGCGAGAAUAUGCUGGAUAAAACACUUUGGUAAUAUUUUUAAUGAGUGCAGUUCGUGUGUUGGAGUUUUGAAAUUACCUUCCGGAACAAAAACACUUUUCAGUUCUGCAAACGUUAUAAGAAAAAGGUUAUUAAAGCGAUACCAUCAUACUAAAAAGCGAAGAUUUCAACUUGAAAAUGUAUUUGUUAUCAUUCCCGCCAUUCUCUUCGUCAUAAAUUCAAGUUUAGCAUCAUUUAUGGGAUAUGUGUUGAAUCAGGAACGGGAGUCACAUUUUAGGGAAAGAAUUAUAGAAUUUCCAUUACCAUGUGAAGAUCUCUCUCUGAGUGCCGAUGAAGAUUUUCUAAUGUUUGAUGCGAGAAAUGGUGAUUUGAGAACUUAUGUAGAUGAUGAAGGAAAAUACAUAUGCAGCAAACGGAACAUACCAGAAACGAUUAAAACGGUCGUUGAAAGAGAAGCCAGAUAUCGACAAGCAAGAGGUUUAGAUGAGCAAUAUCUUUCCUGUGGAAAUAAAAGCUUUGCGGAGAAGUCUGGAUAUCGGACAGUUUCCUUCACGGAAAUAUCAAAACAUCAGAAUUAUUCAGAUGAAAGUUCUGAUAAAAAACUUCAAUGGAAUAAUCAUUCAGGAAAAUGCCAUAUUGAUCCUUCAGUCCAUUACGAUGAUGGCGAGGUGACUAUACCAGAAGGACGGACAUACUUCGUGUACGCAUCUGUACAUUUCAACAUAAGCCGCCAGGAAAACAUUAGGAUCAAGAAAUUUGCAAGACCGCAAAGAAUUUCAAUCCGAAUUUGCAAGAGCGUUUAUGGAUAUGAGCGAACACUACUUGGAAGAACAGAAUUGUUCAAUAUGACCAACACUGAAAACGUUGUGUCAAGUUUAAGUAUCGGAAGUCAUUUGGAAUUGUCACGAGAUGAUACGAUUUACGUCCGUGUGAGUGAUGCAAAUAAGAUAAUACAUGACUCAAAGGGUAAUACCUUUGGACUCUUUCCAUUGUAGAUCUGAAAUAAAAUUCUUGCUCAAA